AUGCUUCGUAUGCAAUCUGUUCUUGCAUUUUCCUCCUCGCGUGAACCACUUUCUGGCUUGUUGCACUUCGUUCAUAAAACGGUUAACAGGAAGCAUGAAAUCAGUCAGUCAAUUUUAUUGUAUUGCGAUAAUUUACAUGGACGAUGGCAUUUUCACGAGAUCCGCGCUAUUUUUUUGCGUCGUUACUUACUCAAAAAUAUCGCACUGGAAUUGUUUCUCGCUUCAAGAACCGCUAUUAUGUUCGCAUUUACGGAUGAAAAUACAGUGCGAAAAGUGGUGGAUUGUUUACCUCGGGUCGGUGUGGGUGCCAAAUAUGGUUUACCGCAAAGUCGAAAAACAAGUCUGAUGACUCCGCGGCAACUUUUCAAACAUUCUGAUAUGUCACAGAAAUGGCAACGACGAGAAAUUUCCAAUUUUGAUUACUUAAUGUUCUUGAAUACCGUUGCUGGUCGAACCUAUAACGAUUUGAAUCAGUAUCCAAUUUUCCCAUGGGUUUUGGCGAAUUAUACAUCACCAACGCUGGAUCUUAACAUUGCAUCCAAUUUCCGAGAUUUGUCGAAGCCAAUUGGAGCGCUGAGCGAGAAUCGGCGUAAAUUCUUCCAGGAUCGCUACAGUUCAUGGGAGCACGAAACCAUCCCUCCUUUUCAUUACGGAACACAUUAUUCGACGCAGGCAUUCACUCUCAAUUGGUUACUCAGAGUUGAACCAUUUACGACAAUAUUCUUGCAUAUGCAAAGCGGUAAAUUCGAUCAUUCAAACCGCCUCUUUCAUAGCAUAGCCGAAGCUUGGGAAAGUUGUCAGCGUGAUUCACAUGAUGUUAAGGAAUUAAUACCGGAACUAUAUUACAUGCCAGAAAUGUUGUUAAAUACGAAUGGAUAUGACUUAGGAAAACGUGAUGAUGGAUCUGCAGUUAGUGACAUCAUAUUACCAGCAUGGGCAAAAAGUGCCGAGCAUUUUAUUGCGUUACAUCGACAAGCACUUGAGUCAGAUCUUGUCUCAUGUCAAAUGAAUCAAUGGAUCGAUCUUAUUUUUGGUUACAAGCAAAAAGGCCCCGAAGCGGUUCGUGCUACAAAUGUCUUCUACUAUCUUACCUAUGAGGGAGCGCUAGAUUUAAACUCUGUUGAUAAUGCAUCCAUGCGUGAAGGUCUAGAACAGCAGAUGAUAUCUUUUGGACAAACUCCGGCUCAACUCAUGACUGAACCUCAUCCACCUCGUCAUUCCAUUAUGACUAUCAGUCCAAUGAUGUUCCAGUCCUGUCGCGAUGAUUUAUGCAUGUUGAUGAAGUUUAUAUCAAAUAGUUCAGUGGUUCACAUUAGUGCGAACACUUUUGCGCAGUUGGCACAUCCUACGGUUGUUUCGAUAACAAAUAAUUUGAUCUUCGCAUUGAAUCGUUGGAAUACAAAUUAUACAGGACCAUCAGUUCCUUCGAUAUCUACUAGCAUUGGCAACCAGAAUAAUGAAAAUAACGCUGAUUCGAUGGGUAAUACAAUUUCAAAUCUUCCUUUAACGGUUGAUCCACUUUUAGCCGCAGGUAAUCCAUCCCAACCAUUGCCUCGUCGACACUUGGGUGAACCAUUCGAUCAACGUCUAAAAAUUCGAUGGAAUAAUUUUGUAACAACUGUUGAAAGUCGUUCAAUAAUAGCUUGCGGUUAUCCGGAUUACAGCUUUCGUGUUAUUGACACAGACACCGCAAAAGUGCGACAAGUAAUUUACGGUCAUUGUGAUGUGGUUACUUGUCUAGCGCGUUCUGAAGCUAACCUAUUCGCUGAUUGCUAUAUUGCUUCUGGUAGUUUGGAUUGUACGGUAGUAUUAUGGCACUGGAAUGCGCAAACACAAUCGAUCGCUGGGGAAUAUAAUGUUGUAGGAGAAGCAGCAACACCUCGUGCUAUACUGACUGGUCAUGAAACUAUCGUGACGAUGAUUUGUGUAUCAGCUGAACAUGGUGUCGUUAUUUCUGCAUCUCAAGAUGGAACUGUUCUUAUUCAUACUACGAUGGGUGAUUUGUUAAGGCGGUUAGAAUCCGAAAAUUUGCAUAGUUUCCCAGAUAAGGAAGUGAAUUUGUUGUUAGUGUCACGAGAAUGCAUUUUGUUGGUGCUGCAUGGACGUCACAAUUUAGUUACCUUUACUACGAGUGGACGAGAAUUAAGCUGUUUCAGAGUUCCCGAAAGAAUUUUAUGUGGAGCAUUAUCACGCGAUGGAGAAUAUGUUGUUGUUGGAACAAAGGAUGGACGUGUUGCAGUCCUACGACUUUUUCCUAUGCAACUUCUCUAUACAUUCCAGCAAGCAGACAGUGCAGUUCGAAGCAUAGCUCUAUCUUCAAAUCAGCGAUUUGUAUUGGCAGGACUCGAUUCCGGCGCUAUUAUUGUUUUCAAUAUUGACUUCAAUAAAUGGCAUUAUGAGUAUCGUCAUCGUUAUUCAGUACGAUGA